UCAGUUAGUACUUCUCACAUCGUCUGAUUUCCAAGUUACUCUAGAAAGUUUCUAUCAUGGCGUAACGGUGGAUGCAGAUGGUAGCUUGAUGAUCGUCAUGACAUACUCCGAGUUUGGUAAUCUUGAACAAAAUAUUGCGAGGUCACGGCCGACUCGAUGGAAAGAGAUACUAGAGAUGAUGGAGGAUACUACUGGGCACCUAUGUGUCUUGCAUUCACAUCAGUGGAUACAUAAUAACCUUCACCCAAAAAACAUUCUUCUCAUGCAAGAAGCGGAAUCUCCAAUGAUCAUCGAUUUCGCCUAUGCAAGCUGUGUACAAGAUGGUGAGCAAGCCCGUAGUACGCACGGACGGCAUCCCUAUAUUGCUCCUGAAGUUCCAACCAUGGGACGUUCAACUGCUUCCGACGUAUUUGCACUGGGCAUCAUAUUAUGGCAACUCGUCUCCCGGGUGACCUUCCCGGACAAUGCGUUGCUGGACAAAGACGUACAUCGAAUUGAAGCGGUACCUGGUAUGUUGGACGAGUUAUGGGCCAUCACCAAAAGUUGCCUUUCGCAUUAUCCAGCACAGAGACCUACUCCCGACCACAUACUCGCACAACUCACACAAUUGCAUAGAUUGCAUGGCGAAGAGUUCAUAAACGACGAAACCAUGGCCUAUAUUGAUUCUCGAGCCAAGGACUGUGAUGAUUAUAUAAUGUCACAUAGGAUCUCUCGAGAGUCAGUAUUUAGCACGAAUUUAGCAGAUGAUGGUAUAAUACACACGGCUUCGGUCACACGCUCAUCGAAUGAGCGCCUAGACCGUUAUCUGAGUCUAGUUGUAUGUUGACUUGACGAAAGUGAAGCGGUACUUGCUUUAUGUUUUCCUUGCUUUUAAUGUACAUAAUUCUUGUAAUAAAAAAAAAAAAGCAGCAAAAUAGACAAAAAAAGAAA